AUGCGUGUCUCUGCAGCUCCAUCCCUCGGUCCCGUGCUCUGCCUCCUGCUGCUGCUGUGGCAGCCCGGGUGCUGGUCUCGACAGCAGUGGGUCCUCCAGCGCAUCCCUGUGGUCCUCCCGCAACAGACUGAGCCCAGUCCCUCCCCUCACUUCCUGUCCCAAGCCCGAUUGAACGUCAGCUCCUCUUGUGACCCGGACUGCCACAGGAAAGCCCCCAAACCGACUUACUGGGACCUCCGAGACAUUUUAUCCUAUGAGACGCUUCACUCAAACGGGAGUCUGACCACGACUUCUGUUGGGAUUUAUGGCUACGCUCCAAAUCCUGAUACAUCUGUGGUCUACAAGGGCCGGCCUCGUGGGAGGAGGGAGGCGCGUGUUAGAAGGAAAAGACAGAUUUUCGGACAUGAUGCAAGGUUCUGUAUAGCAGGCCAGAAUUAUUUGCUCAAAUUUCCCUUUUCUGUGGCGGUCAAGCUCUCCACAGGCUGCUCUGGGACUCUGGUGGGGGACCGGCAUGUGCUCACCGCUGCACACUGCGUCCAUGAUGGAAAGAACUAUGUGAAAGGAGCUCAAAGACUCCGCGUUGGCUUCUUAAAACCCAAAUAUCGUGACACGCACUCACCAAAUCUCUUUUUAAACUUGACCAACCAUGUCGAAAGAGCCGCCUCACCUCACGCCCCGCCAGCUAAUGACAAAAUGAAGUUUCAGUGGAUUCGAGCCAGGCGCACUCACGUCCCCAAAGGUUGGAUUAAAGCCAACGCUAAUGACAUCGGCAUGGACUAUGACUACGCUCUUCUUGAACUGAAAAAAGCUCACAAACGGCGUCACAUGAAGUUAGGAGUGAGCCCCCCUGCACAGAGACUUCCUGGAAGGAGAGUGCAUUUCUCUGGAUUUGACAACGACCGUCCGGGGCGACUGGUGUACCGCUUCUGCCCUGCCGGAGAGGAGACGCCUGACUUGUUGUACCAGCACUGUGAUGCCCAGCCUGGAGCCAGCGGGUCUGGGGUCUAUGCACGCAUGUGGGACCCCCGCCACCGUGGAUGGGAGCGCAAAAUCAUAGGUGUUUUCUCAGGGCAUCAGUGGGUGGAGAAACAAGGGGCUUCCAAGGAUUACAACGUGGCGGUCAGAAUCACGCCACUAAAAUACGCACAGAUCUGUUACUGGAUCAAGGGGAACUUUGUAGACUGUAGGGAAGGAUGA